AAAACGGUAACAGCAUAUCGCAGUAAGCCGUGGAAGAAAAAUGGCGCGUGUUUUCGGUCGGUGCGGUUCGGAGUGAAAUUCGUCGGUACAAUCGGUUGGGUUCCGGUCGGAAGUGGUGCCAAAGUGUGGCGGUCAUCGUGUGGUGUUGAGAUUCGGUGAAAAAUUGUGCAGUCGGGCCGUGUUUUGGACCCGUAAUCGGCGCCAAUCUGUCCCCGCCAGGGAGGUCAUUUUCUUCUGCUUGGCCUUCUUUGACUUGUUCCUCGUUGAACACACGCACACACGCUCACGGAAAGGGGGUUGUGUUUAUGUGCGCAGCAGUGACGGGGUGGGCAGCACACAAACACCGACACACCGUUGACCUCUCCCAAAUGGUAAACAAAAAGUGGGCUGUUUAGUAAACAUGCAAGGCUAGCGGAAUCGGGUGUUUGUUGCAAAAGUGCUUCCGAAAGCGGUUUUCUGUGAAACUUGUGGUUUGUGUACUUUUUUUAAGUGUUUAGCAUAAAACUUGCUUUGCAAAAAUAGUUAUGACCAACAGCUUGGUGCGAUCGCAUUCGGCGCGUGCAUAAAUGACGUAACGACGCGCGCGACGGCGGUUCUGGUGGUUCGGAGUGACGCGAAUGCCCGGGGGAACCGACCCCAGAUGUCGGAGGCAUGGUAUCGCCCUCCAAGACGAAACAUUCGAGGGUCGCAGCCAAUCAGCAGCAGAAACCGGCCAAUGCAAGUAAAGUGAAACUUGUGAAAGGCCCGACCCCGCUGGUGCACCACCGCUUCUACCUGGACAUUCAGAAGCACCAGCUCGCAAACAAAAUCGAGUACACCAUCAAGGAGUUGGGUGGACACAUCGAGUUCUUCUUGAGCAAAGACAUUACGCACUUUAUCACCGACAAGGACUACAGCCACUACCAGCGAACGGGAGAUCCGGAAGGUGGUCCCUCGCACAGUUACAACGCCCAGCCGGUGACUCCGACGACCCCGUUGACGCCGAAGACUCCGCUGUCCAACCGGCACCACCAGCAUCUGCAGCAGUAUGUAAACGAGGCGUCCCCAUCGUCGCCGUCAUGUGGAGCAGCUGCAGCAAGUUCGUUGUUACAUCCGACAGGGCCGGGUUCCGUUGGAGCCGGGACGCUCGGAGGCAGUGAGAGCAGGCCCACCAAACCUGCCGCACCCCGCAGCCGCGCGGAUGCUAUGCUACAGCGUGUCCGCCAGCAACAACAACAGCAUCAUCACCUACAACAAUCUCCAAGUGGCGCAUCGUCGUACAACCCACUGCUAGCCGCCUCAACGCGCUGCUCAACAUCGCGACCGUGCAGUCCACUCAGCCCAUCAGUUCCGUCGCCAUCGCCUACUCCGUCGGCCGUUUCCGCUGUCCGGCUCGACCGCAACAGCCAAAGUCCGGCCCAGUUGGCCAAGUCCUGGGGGAAGCCCAUCUGGAGCACCGAGUACGCGAUCAAGUUCCUGAGCAAGGUCGUCGGGUCGGUCAAGCAGGAUCAGCUGGGACAGAACCAGGUCGUGCAGGGUGGGAAGGGUUCUGGGAAGUCGAGCGACCCGGCCGGGAAGACAACUCCGCAGCAUUUGCGUGGGGAUUACAUUAAGAUCGAAUCGCACCAGCGGCAUCACUACAGGCCGGCGUUUGCGCUGUUCAAGGCGUGGCCCUCGUUGAACCUCGCCACCAAGAGUAACCACUCGCCGUUUGAUAGUGCCCGCGGUGGAGGUCAACGCAGCGUUCAACCAAGUGUUCAAGCCCAGGCUGGUCAACCAGCCCCGGAAGAUCGUCCCAGGACCGCGACAACCAAUCAGCCAACCAAUGCGACGACGGCCACGGCCAAACCCGAAGACAACACCACACAGCAGCAGCAGGAGAACGCGCAGAACGCCCAACAGCAGCAGUGUGGAUAUUGCGAGAUCUGCCGCAUCGAGUACGACGUGCUCGCGAACCAUCUGAACGCCGACGAGCACCGGGCGUUCGUGCGGAAUGACGGCAACUUUGCGGCGCUGGACAAACUCAUCGCGGACGGAGGCGUCGGAUUGGGCGCGUUUUUGCUGAACGGUGUUGAGUGUGGUGGGGAAGAAGAACUGCCGACCAAGGAGGAAGAUAGUGACACGAAGAAGAAGAACCAAAAGAAGACGAAAAAGGACACCGUUGUUGAAGGUGCUGAAGAGGAAUGUGACCAAGGGGAAAGUGUAGUGAAAGCGAAAAAGAGAAGAGUGGAAAAAGUGGAAGAAGAACCUUUGAAGCAGCAGCAAGAAACUGUGAAAAAUAUCGUGACUGUUGAGAAGGAGCGAGAAAAGGAAGAGGAAGUGACGAAACCUGCACCUUUGAAGACGUACUCGAGGAAAUCGAAAGAAAAACCACCUGCACCAGAACCGGACUCGUUAGCGCCAUCCGCCAAACGCACGUACGGCGGUCGCAAAUCAGCACGUGCUGCAGCAGCACCCACAAAACCGCCAUCCCCGUUACCCGAACCGCCGGUGGUCAUCCCCGCCGACGAUACCACCUCGUUGAACACCCCGGACGUCGUCGCCGCUGACGUGACGCAAAUGUUUGGACGACGCUCGGCGAUUCAUCAUCAUCCGCACAACACACUGAACCAUCACAACCAUCAAAAGGCCAAGGCGGCACGGCAGGCGGCCCUCGAACAACAGCAACAGCAGCAACUAAAGGAGGAGGAGCAGGACGACGAUCGUGUCGUGAUGAAACUGCACGGAACUGACCAUCAACAGCAGAACAGCAAAAUGGGUAUGAAGCAGUCGGUGGUGGUCAAGUCACCGUCCGCGGCGGCCGCGGCAGCCACCGAGUUGAUGGAGUGCGACGGGCUGGAUCCGAAGAACACCAAGCGGAUUAGUUUGGGACUGCGGCAGAACCCGAAGCGGGCCAACCUGAACGAGGACUUUACGUCGCUGCUGGACGAAACGCUGGAGCCGAUUCGGAAGCCGCGGAUGCGGCGGGAAUCGGUGCGGCGGGUUAACUACUCGGAACCGCGCGAGGACGAGAUUGCCUCGCAGGAGGAGUUGAUUGAGAGUAUCUUGCUGGAGAGUACGGCGCAGGAAGCGGCGGCGGCGGCCGCGGUUGAGGAGAGUUGUCGGGGGAAGAAGAAGUCGGCGGGAUCGCCGAAGCGGAGCAGCGGAUCGGACGUGAAGAUCCGCGGGAUUCGGUGGAGGGCGCCCUCGCCACAGUCGCGACCUCCGGUCAAGUCUCCGCUGCUGUACAAGGUGAUUGAGGAGCCGAAACCGAAGGUCAAGAAGAACAACUCGGCUUCGCCGACGAAAGAGUCGUGCGGGAAGCCGGGGAGUCCCACGAAAGCUACCAAGAACGGGCUGAUCGUCAAGAUUCGCCGCGUGCGGCAGUCCGAGCUGAGUCUGCUGAACGACGAAGCGGAGAACUUUAUGUUCCCCAAGAGCAACGACAGCUCGGACGACGAAACGGACGAAGAUCGGCAAACGUCUUCGGAGACGGGCCCGGGAGAUUACUCCCAAGAAGUCCCCAGCAGCGACUACGACCACCACAACUCAAGUCGGCGCAAGUCUGCUGGAACUCCACUCCCAACCUCAGCGCUCGCUCAACAAAUUCGAAAACGUCCCCCCGGAAGACCUCCGGCCGACUCCCCCAGCAAACGGCCCGCCAAAGAGUCGACCCCGACGCCGACGGCGUCCGACCAGGAAUCGUCCACGCCCCGAUCGCGCCGUGCCGGCGUCCGCGGCGUGGCCGCCCUCCUGCACGACAACGCCGAGUAUUACAAAUUUCCCGACCCGGGCUCCAGACUGCGAUUUCCGGAAGCCCCCAUCCAGCCAAACCCCACAGUAGGAGAAGCGGACGUUGAUGAAGAGGUCGCAGCUGCGACGACGACGCUGAUGACGCCACCGCCGGUACCGCCACCGAAGCGACGUGGCCGCAAACCCGUGUCGGCCACCGUAGUCGCGAGUGCAAGUUCGACGACGACGACGACGACGCUGAGCGCCGAGCAGCGCCAACGGCAGGACCUGCUGUUGGCGACCCGCGGAGCAAGCGGUUGUUCGUCGCCGUACCAGCACCAGGAGCAGCUGACGAGCUGUGGCAAGGCCAUCAUCAACUACGCCAAGGGGAAGGAGGAUGGGAUGGGGGCGAUGUUCAAGUGGAGCACGUUUGUGCGCAACUGCGAGCAGAUCGAGCCGUACCGGUUCGCGUUCGAGCGGGUGCCGUCGCUGGAGCCGUGGUACGAGACGUUCCAGCGGCAGGACGAGUCGAGCGAAAAGAUGUACGAGUACUUUGGGAAUACUGCCUACCGGAAACUGCCGUACGAGAUGGGCGGGCUGCCUCCGCUGAGGCAAAACUGCUGCAUCCUCAACUACCGAAUGAAGUCCAAAACGCCCGAGUCCACGGUCCCAAGCAGCAGCAACAGCAGCACCUGCGACGGCGCCACGACCACGGGGACCACCACGGCAAAAGACCAACCCGCCAAACCUUCCUCCUCCUCUUCGACGUCGGAGCCGCUCUCACUUCCGCUGAAGAAGCGAAAACUGCUGAUCGAUUCGGACCGGCCGCGGAAAAGUCCUCGCGAGCACGCCUCUACGCUGGCCAUUCUGAGCUUGCUGCAGCAGCAGACGCAGCACAACCGGCGGAGGACCGUGUCGGGGGGAAGUUCCGUUCCGUUGAACCUGCCGCCGCCAAGUCCCGUUCCGUCGUCCGGGGGUUACAGCCCCAAGAAGGAGGCCAUCAAGCAGCAACUGCAGCAGGAGGCGGACUCUGCGCUGGGGGAUGAGAUCCGGUCGUCGUGUGGAAGUGACCCGGUUACGGAGAAGGACGAACCUGUGGGUGGAGGCGGGGGAAUUGGUGCCAAAAAAAUCAAGUUUGACCCGCCGAUCAUGCCGGAGCAGAGCUUCGUCAACUACAAAGUGAUGUGCCAACAGCUGGAGGAGUUCUUGGACGCCGACAGCGCUCUUCCUCCGGAAGAGGAAUUCGACCUGCCGGAAACGGUUCCGAUCGUACCCGCGACCGACGACCCGCUCAAGCAGAACCUGCUGCGCAUCGUACAAGCCUGUGAUAAGGAACCGCCGCUGAGCUUGAAGCUGGUCAGCCGCCACGAGAGUAUCGUCCGCAAGAUUGUCCAGUACGACCGGCGGCCGCGCCCGCUCAGUGCCAUCACGAUCAAGUCCUUUGACGGCGGGGGAGGUGGGGCGGCCGGAGGUGGAGGAACACCAGGGACCGGAACCUGCCUGGGAAUCUUCAAGAAGCGCAUCAACCGAACCGGCUGGCCAAACGUGAAGAAGCGGAUCGUGACCAGGAAGCAGCACCAGCAAAAGGGCGGCAGCGCCACCAGCAAGCGGGACAGCGCGGAAAGUGCCGGCAAAGUUGAGGGGCCGGAAGUCAAGAAGGAGGAACCGGAAGCGGAGGAGACGUCGCGGAAGUCCUCGACGGAAGAGUCGCAGGUUAGCGUGGGAACCGCCGGGGUUGGGGAAGAGGAAGAAACGGUCAAGCAGGAAGUGGACGGGGAGGAAGGGGAGGUGGAGGAGGAGGAAGAGGAAGACGACGAGGAUGAGUUUGAGGACACGAUGACGAUGCUGGAUCCGGAGGAGGUAACGGCGGCAAUGAAGACGAAUGAAGAGACCCAGAAGAAGGCAGUUGGGAAGGAGGAGGAGGAAGAGAAGCAGCAACUGUUGACGGAUGAUGAAGAGGAAGAUGGUGUGGAGGAGGAGGAAGAGGAGGAACGGGAGGAGAAAGCCAAGAAGGAGACGGAAGAAUCCCGCCAAACCCCGGAACCAUCCAAAACGGAGGAAAUUCUCAUCCCCAGCCGGUCCUGCCCGCGCCAAUCCUCGUCAUCCCUCCCCAGCAGCAAGUACGUCACCAAAACGACCCCCUCGAUGACCCGAAUCGACUACAAUGUCGCGCCCUCGGAACCAGCGUCGCUGCCGCCAAAAACGGCCACCGUAGACACCGUCGCCGCCGCCGAGGAGUGCGACUCGAUCAGCUCGCGCAGCAUCUUCGUGAGCGAUGACUGUGAUACGACCUCGUCGACGCUCAUCAACAUGGAGGCGGACCCGCUGGCACUGCCCUGCACCCCACCGGUGGACGCCGUCGAGAACCACGCGGUUGACGAGGAGGAUGAAGAUUCGAGGCCGGUGACGCCGGCAGCUCGCGGGAGGCAGAACAGUGCGAGGAAGCGGGGAAACCUGCAGCCGAUUGUUUGCUUGCAGAAGAUUAGCUGUGCCACGACGGCCGCGAAGGCGGCGGCCGCAUCUUCGAUGCGUACCCGGUCCUCGUCCCGGACGCCGAUCAAGAAAACGUACAAACGGUCCGUGUUUACGAGCGCGCUCGUCAACUCGGCUGGGAAGCCGCUCAAGAAGAAGCGAAAACGGAAGAAGCUUAAGCUGAUGAAUGGUGGCGGAGGUGGCGGCGGAACGUCCUCGCCGAGCUGUUCCGACGGAGGCCAGAACUCGUCGUCGGUCGCGGACGAACCUACCAACGAAGACGAGGACGAGGGUGAGGACGAUGACGCGCGGACGGAUGGAACCGAUUCGCCGACGUCGCCGCGACCGCGGGGCUUAACCUCCAAGAGCCGACCUCCCACGCCCAGCCCGGCCAAGUAUUCGCCCCGCAAGCUUCGGAAACCGCGGGGCAGGUGGUACCGGGAGCGGUAGAAUUAAGAGAGCUGCACCCGGAAGUGCGUGUGGCCAACAUUUUAUCGUGAGAAACAAAGGCUAAAAAGGUGAGUUUAUGUGCUAAAAAUGUCUCCUUCUUUUUCGCGGCAAAUCCAGACCAAGUUUUAUUCGGUUCCCGUUUGUCGUUUGUUUUCUGAGGAGGGGGAUCAUAAUCCGGUUAGUUACUAUUUAACGUUAGUGUCAGUGGGUAGCUCAAAUGAAACUAGCAAGUAAAAGUUAUGCAGGAGAAAAGCAUCCAAUUAUUAUUAGUUGUACAUUAUUAUUUUACCUUUUUAAACUAUUAUCAAUUAUUAUUUCUCUCAAACAAAACGCCCGUAGCUAAUUUAAACCCGUAAAUGUUAAGGAAAACAACCAACUGUAAUAACGUGAAUAAAGAGAACAACUAAACAAAAAUAAACUCUAACCGGACUCGUGUGCGUGUGUGCGAAAUGUAAAGAAAGAAAGAAAAGUCCGUUUUAAAUGUAAACAUAACGAACGAGGAACGAAAAUUUGGAAGUGAAAAAAACAAAUAAAACAAGACAAAAGAUGUACCACACACAAAGCAAAAAAGAAAAGAAAAGAAGUCCCAAAUUGAGAGAAUAGCAAAAGCAGUACCGGUUAAAGCAAAGUGUAAUAAAGAAAGACGAUGUUCAAAACUUAAACAAAAAA